GUAGUUCCGAAAGGGGCGUGGCUUGGUGGCAUCUUUCUCUUGCUGUGGUGCGGAAGGAUUUGGAAUUGAUAUGCAGCGCGGCCGUGGCCUUUUCACACGACGUGCGGCCUAGCUGGAAUAAAGGAGACGGGAGUAUCCCGGGUGUGAGGCGCCCGGCUUGCCCAGAGGAAAGAGGUGUUUUGACAGAGGCUGAGUUCCGGGAACUGACUCGGUAAGACUGUGGGUCUUCACAAUGACACAGUUCUUACCUCCAAACUUGUUGGCGCUCUUUGCCCCUAGAGAUCCAGUACCAUACCUCCCUCCUUUAGAUAAACUGCCACAUGAAAAACAUCACAAUCAGCCAUACUGUGGGAUUGCUCCAUACAUAAGAGAAUUUGAGGACCCUCGAGAUGCUCCCCCUCCAACUAGAGCAGAGACCCGCGAGGAGCGUAUGGAAAGGAAGCGAAGGGAAAAGAUUGAAAGAAGACAGCAGGACGUCGAGAAUGAACUUAAAAUAUGGGAUCCACACAAUGAUCAGAAUGCUCAAGGAGAUGCCUUCAAAACCCUGUUUGUUGCAAGAGUGAAUUAUGAUACAACAGAGUCCAAGCUACGGCGAGAGUUUGAGGUGUAUGGACCUAUUAAACGGAUUCAUAUAGUAUACAAUAAGGGAUCUGAGGGAUCUGGGAAACCUCGUGGAUAUGCUUUCAUUGAGUACGAACACGAAAGAGAUAUGCACUCGGCAUACAAGCAUGCAGAUGGGAAGAAAAUAGACGGAAGACGUGUGUUGGUCGAUGUCGAGAGAGGACGUACUGUGAAAGGAUGGCGCCCACGCAGGCUAGGUGGUGGUCUUGGAGGCACAAGAAGGGGAGGAGCUGAUGUCAAUAUCAGACACUCUGGCAGAGAUGAUACAUCCAGAUAUGAUGAGAGGGAUAGAGAGCGGGAACGGGACCGCCGUGAAAGGAGCCGUGAGAGGGAGAAGGAGCCGAGGGAGAGACGCAGAAGUCGUUCUAGGGAACGUAGAAAAAGAUCACGCAGUCGAGAAAAGGAAGAAAGAAAGCGUAGCCGGGAGAAGAGCAAGGACAAGGAAAAAGAGAAAGAUAAGGACAACAAGGACCGAGAUCGCAAGCGUCGGAGCCGUAGUAGAGAGCGCAAACGUGAGCGAGACCGUGACAGGGAAAAGAAAGAGGAACGUGUUGAAGCAGAAGUACCUGAGGCUGAUGAUGCCCCUCAAGACGAUGCACAGAUUGGUGAUCUGGGCAUAGAUGGCAUAGAACUUAAGCAAGAGCCUGAAGAAAAAAGUAGAGAGCGUGACCGAGAGCGAGACAGAGACAGAGAAAAGGGAGAAAAGGACAGGGAUAAAGACAGAGAUCGUGAUAGGGACAGAAGGCGCAGCCAUAGAGACAGGGAUAGAGAGAAGGAUAGGGAUAGGGACAGGGACAGGGACAGGAGGCGAGAUAGGGACCGCGAUAGAGAGAGGGACAAGGAUCACAAACGAGAGCGAGACAGAGGUGACCGCAGCGAAAAGAGAGAGGAGAGGGUUCCAGAUAAUGGUAUGGUUAUGGAACAAGCCGAGGAGACCAGCCAAGACAUGUAUUUAGAUCAAGAAUCCAUGCAGUCUGGAGAUGGUUACUUGUCUACAGAGAACGGCUAUAUGAUGGAGCCUCCUAUGGAGUGAUCUUGUUUAUAAUGAGGGAUUCCCCUUCCUCAAAUGAACUUCUCUUCCACAGCCAGAUCUGUGUGCAUUCAGACGCUCCCCUCCAACUAUGUCCGGACUUAUUCAUUCAUACAGUUAUACAUUUUUACUUUAAAGUCACACCGAGUAACCAUACUGUUUAACACAGAUCAAACUACAUUCGUCUUGGUAUUUUUUAGGUGGGUAUGUUUUACAAUACAAGUAUGUAGCCAUCACCCUUGAACUUGUGUAAAGUUGCAAACAUUGCCUUUUGUUUUUUUUUAAAUGGCCUCAUGAGAAUAAAAACAUUUUUAAUGUUUAAA